AUGGUGCGCCUCAAGAAUCGAUACCUGCUGGUCAACAUCCUAUACCCUGAGCUCGAGAAAAGUCAAUUGAAUUCCAACAUUCCCGAUGUCGUGAUCUUCAAUCAACCAACGACAAAUGAUCUUAAUGCAUCAGCUCUCAUGAGAGGCAUACGCGCAGAAGUUUCGAGCUUAUUUGGCGAUUACGGGAUGGGCACUGUUUCCGAAAGUCUUGCUGUCAAAUACCUAUCCCCAGCGACCUCGACGUUUAUCCUCCGAGUUUCUCGAGCACAUUAUCAGGUGGCCUGGGCGGCCUUAUCUAUGAUGACCUCUGUGCCUGUGAAAGGCGGG